UCGUUGCAAGUACAGCACACUCACUCACACUCGCCGGUCGCUGACCACUGAGGCUGGGCUUGGCGAGCGCGGCGAGCGGGCUGAGGGCGGAGGCCGAGAUGGCGACCGACGGCGUGUCGAGGCUGAGCGUGGGGGUGAGCGUCAUGGUGGCGCUCAGCCUGGCCGUCUUCCUCACCAUCGUCAUCCUCCUCCUCGCCGACCUCUUCUGCUCCCACCUCCGCCGCCGGCGCCUCCGCGCGGACGCGAUGGAGGCGCCGCCGCACAAAUGGCCGAAGCGCGGCCAUGGGGGCGCGGGGUCCCUGUCCCCGCCGCACGCCGCCGGCACGGGCGAUGACGCGUCCGUGGCCACCACGGCGACCACGGCCACCACCACGGCACGCGAGGCGCUCACCAGCACCCCGCCCUUCUACUACGCGCACGGCGUCAUGUGCGCGCCCAGCCGCAAGGACCUGCUCCUCGCCAUCCCCAGGCUGGAGGCCGCCGUGUGGAGGUGGUCGCCCGCGCGCCGCUCCUCGCCGUCGCCCUCGCCGCCGCGGUCGGACGAGCCCACCGCCCGCGGCUCCUCCUCCUCCUCCGCGCACAGCGACGGCCUCAUGUACAUCUCCAACCCAGUGUACGAGCGGGGCGCCCCCGCCGGGCACGAGCACGACACGCCGUUCGAGACGCCGGACGCAUCGCCGUCGCGGUACGGGAUUACAGAGGAAGUGCGGGGGGACGGGGCGUUCUCGCCGCCGCUGCCCAUGAUGAGGAAGCUGCCGCCGCUGGGCGUGCUGGCGUGCCCCCCGCCUGCGGUCUUCGACGGCCGGCCGCCGGUGACGUUGUGGCCCGGCACGGUCGCCGACGCCAAUCGGGCCUCCUCGUCGUCGUCCAACUUCACCGCGCGCUUCUUCUCUUCCUAGUCGCCGGAGUAGCAGACCUCUUGUGAUGCGGUAGGGUGUGGCUGAGUGAUGUAGGCGCUAGGUAGAUCUUGAUCUUGAUUCCAUUCAUCGUUUUGCUCGGGCUCCUCGGUUCUGUUGUUCGUUGGAUUUGCUAGUUCUUGCACUUGUUUUUGCCAGGGGAGUGUACCCCACUUGAUGAUCUAU